AUGUAUGACUUUGACCAUGCGUUCAUGCAGCUCCAUCACAAUCCAACGCCAGAGCAGAUCAGAGGAUUGUCUCUCUUCGAUCCUUCGCGAGCAGCGACUCGACGAAAUUGGCUCAGCAAGCACAUGCUUCGCCUCUACAAGCUUCUCGGCUUCUAUAGUCGGAAUAUAGGAGGACGCGGUGUCUAUGAGCCGGUCCACCGGAAAAUUCAGCUCAACGAAAUCCUGAAAUUCUAUCUGAAAUGGGCGGAGCAGUGUGGGAAGGAUCAAGAUUUAGAGAAAUUCAGGGAGGUGCUCCAGAAGGCUCGAUCAAAUUCGGAUUCCUAG